AUGCCUAUCGAUCUCAUCCUCGAGAUUCUCUCCAGAGCAACGGCUAAGUCAGUCGCUAGGUUUCGUCUCGCCUCCAAGUUCUGUGCGUCCAUAGUUAGACGUCCAGAUUUCACCGAGCUGUUCCUGACCAGAUCUUCGGCCCGGCCGCGUCUCCUGUUCGCUAUCAAAGGAGACCGUAAGUGGAGCUUCUACUCAUCGCCUCAGCUUGCUCGCGUUGAGUUACGCUCCAACUCGUCGUCUCUUGUAGUAGCCGCCGAUUAUCAGGUGAAGUUACCUGGAUACACGCACUCAGAAAUUUGUGAUCCUGUCUCUGGUCUGAUAUAUUUACCUGACGUGCAUAUGGAAAAUAAGAAUGUGAUCACAGUGCCGGUGGCGUAUAACCCUAGCACGGGACAGUACGGGAGCUGCCCCCAACGGAGAAUUAUGACGAGGAAUUAUUAUUAUUUCAGAGACCUUUUAGGUUAUGACCCUGUUGACAAAAACUUCAAGGUACUGUCAUAUGAUAAUGGUAAAAAGGAGUAUCAUAUCCUGACACUUGGAGCUCGGAAAGAGUCGUGGAGGAAGAUCGAGUUUCCAGACCAUCAUGGUCAUUUAUCUGAAGGGAUAUGCAUUAAUGGGGUUUUGUAUUACUUAGCUGAGGUAUAUGGUUACUCGCCUGUGCCUUCUGUCAGUCGUGUGAGUAUAGCUUGCUUUGAUGUUAGGUCCGAAAAGAUUCGCUUUCUUGACGCAUCUAUGUUCAAAACAUCAUCGUGUAUUUGGCCUUAUAAACUGAUAAAUUACAAGGGUGAAUUAGGGGUGAGUGGUUUGGGUUGGCAUUGUUUAAACCCUGAUGGAAAGCAUACCAUUGAGUUUAAAUUGUGGGUUCUAAAGGAUGUCAAGAAAAUUUCUUGGUCAAAAAGUGUUUUCUUGGCGAGACCAGAGGGUGAGUUUUCCAAUUGCCUUGCGGUCGUUGGAGCGACUGCGACAGGUGAAAUUGUUUUUUCGAUGAGCUAUGUAUCUAAACCGUUUUAUGUUUUCUACUUCAGUCCGGAGAGAAACACUACCGAGAGAGUUGAAAUCCGAGGUUUUGAAGCUUUUGAGAAUCCUUGUAAAGUUCACACCUUUGUAGACCAUGUCGAGGAUUUCAAGUUUAUUACAUGA